CCGGGUCGCUCACUCGCUCGCUCUUGAAAACCCGCAGCUUUCCCGUGUUCCCACAUCUCUCCCCUCUGCCUCUAGGCUCUAGCAGUCUAGCCACUCCACUCUCCUCGCGCACCAGUGCAGUGCGCCACCAAGAAACUGCUCCCACAGCUCCCCAUGAGCUCCGACGCCGAAUGCGCAGCAGCUCAGGCCGCCGCCCCCGAUGCGGCGGGCGGCGGCAGGGCGGAGAUCGACACGUCCGCGCCGUUCGAGUCCGUGCGGGAGGCCGUCGACAGGUUCGGCGGCAGCGCCGCCUGGAGCUCCGACCUCGUCAGGCGCAUGUUCGCGCCCUCCAAGAAACAUGAACACUCUGAACAAGCUGCAGAGGCCAUCAACGCAGAGGAGCAGGCUGCACAGCUAGAAAACGAGCUGGCUGUCAAAGAGAGGGAAACUCUUGAUGUGCUCAAGGAACUGGAGGCAACCAAGAAAAUCAUAGCAGACCUGAAACUCAAGAUACAGAAGGAAGCCACUGAAACAUCCCCUGAAGAAGCUGCGAAGUCUGAUGAAGCUGAUCAGGUUUCUGAGGCAGGACCUGAAGAGCAGCAGCCUGAAAACAUCAAUGUAGAUGUGGACAUGGAAGGUGCAGAGGAAAAUCAUUCAGGUUCAGUUUCGGCAGAACUUGAGCAGGCAAAGGCAAGCCUGAACAGAACUACAGGUGAUCUGGCUGCAGUGCGGGCUGCAGUUGAGCUACUGCGAAAUAGCAUAACAAAAGAAAAAUUGUUACUUGAAAGAGGCCGAGAAAAGCUCUCCUCUAACACUUCAUUGGUUUCUUCUCUGGAGGAUGAGCUGGAUCAGGCAGCACAAAAGAUGGAAACGCUGAAGGAUCUGCAGAGGAGACGAAAAGACCCCUCGGACAUUUUUAUGGAGAUCAAGAAAAUGACCACUGAGGUGCAGCAGCUCAGGAGCAUGGCAAAUGAUUCAAAAUCUGAAGCUAUGGUGUUGGCUGCAGAAAUUGAGCAGGCAAAGGCCAGCAUUAGCACAGCUGAGGUCAGGUGCAUUGCAGCCAGAAAGAUGGAAGAUGCAGCUAGAGCAGCAGAAGCCCUUGCACUUGCCGAGAUCAAAGCACUACUGAGCAGUGAAAGUUCUUUCGAAGGUGACACUGCUUCUGACGGAGUAACUCUCUCGAUGGAGGAGUAUUUCACACUGUGUUCCAAAGCUCUUGAAGCUGAUGAAAACUCCAGGAAGAAAGCAGAAGACGCCAUGCUGCAGGUAGAUGUAGCUAACAAUUCAGAGUCUGAGUCGGUUAAGAGGCUCGAGGAUGCCAAAGUAGAGGUUGAGGAAUGCAAGAAGGCACUACAAGAGGCCCUAAAGAGGGUAGAGGCUGCAAACCAUGGGAAACUUGCGGUGGAAGAGAUUCUUCGUAGAUGGAAAUCUGAGAGUGGACACAAAAAGCGAUAUCUUGGUGGCUCCCCAAAAUUCAAAAAUGUAGCUCACCGUCGCGAAUAUUCGCACACCACAGAUAUGAUUUCUGAUGUUUCAAAUAGAUCACACAAACCAACAUUAUCAAUAGGGCAGAUACUGAGUAUGAAGUUAAUGGGACCUGAUGGGUAUGACAAAAGUGUUUGGGAUGACAAAGCAAGCGAGAUACCAGAUAUCUCACUUGGUCAGAUUCUAAACAGGAGUGGUGUUUUGUGCAGAGAAGAUAUGGCUACUCGCAAAAGAAUUUCAGGAAAGAGGAAGAAGUUUGCAUUGACUGGCCUUUCUGUUCUCUUGGCGAAGCAAUCAAAGAACAAGAAGAAGAGAGAAUCCUUUUAAACUGAUAUAAGUUGCCCCAAAAAUAUCAGUGUUGCACUUUAUAGUAUUGUAAUAUGUAGAUGUAGUUCAACCUUGUCAUUAGUACUAGUUAACUAUAUCAGAUGUUUUAUAUGAGGAAUGAGGUUGUUUUAUAUGAGGAAUGAGGUAGUACAUUUAGUUCAUCAUGUUAAAGUACCGGUAGCAAUUUUUGCUGCUAAUUAGAGUAGUGACUAGCAGUUCUCUGCUAUGUAUGCUAUUGAGAUCUACGUAAUUGGAUCCAAGUUUUACC